UGUGUUUAUAAAUACAAAAUGGCCGACUUGCCGGAUUUAUCCCAUCUGACUGCAGAAGAAAGAGCUAUCAUUGAAAAUGUCAUGAUGCGACAAAAGGAGGAAGAAGAAAGGGAGAAAGAAAUUAUGAGGAGAAAGCAAGACGAAGUGGCCGUUUUGGAGGAUACGAUUAGGCAGCGUUCGGAACAGCAGAAGAAGGCCGGCAUCGAAUUGGACGCCACGUGUCACAUCUGCCUCAAGACCAAGUUUGCCGACGGUGUGGGACACGUGUGUCAUUACUGUAACAUUCGCUGCUGCGCCCGCUGCGGCGGCAAGGUGACGCUGCGAUCUUCCAAGGUAAUUACAAUAAAUAUUGAUAUAUAA